CUCCUCAAGGAUGCGCAGCUAGAAGAAUUAAUGUGUGGGUGACAGAGAAAGAAUCACCAAAAAUAUCUGGCUCAUCGGUUUAGUUUCUGUUGUCUUUGUUUUUUGUAAUAACUGGAUUUUUCAUUAUUAUUAUUAGAUUCCCCCCCCCCCCCCCCCAACAUACACCCCUUUAUUGUUACUAUUUUUGUUCUUGAAACAUGGCCAAUGCUGGAAUACAACUUCUUGGCUUCUCGCUGGGCUUCCUGGGCUUCAUUGGCUCCAUCGCCUCCACGGUCAUGGUGGAGUGGAAGGCUUCAUCCUAUGCAGGAGACAACAUCAUCACAGCUCAGGCACUUUACGAAGGGCUGUGGAAGUCGUGCGCGUCGCAGAGCACGGGCCAAGUUCAGUGUAAAGUGUAUGAUUCACUGCUCCAACUACCAGCCAUCGUCUUGGGCACACGAGGACUGAUGUUGUCGGCCAUCUUGCUCUCCUUGAUUGCCAUCUUGUUGGCAACGGUGGGCAUGAAGUGCACCACGUGUUUGGCAGACCAGCCGGAGCAGAAAGACAAAGUGGCUUUAACUGGCGGAAUCAUCUUGAUUAUAGCUGGCCUGUUUGGUCUGGUGGGAACAUCUUGGUACGCUCACAGAAUAGCACAAGACUUCUACAACCCGUUCACACCAACCAAUUCAAAAUAUGAAUUUGGGAGCGCCCUCUUCGUGGGAUGGGGAGCUGCGAUACUCAUCAUGAUCGGAGGAGGCUUCAUGUGCUGUAACUGCCCCAAGAAGGGUUCGGGGAAAGCGCCACGCUACCCACGAUCCAACCCGGCGAGCAACUCGGGAAAAGACUACGUGUAGACCAACUUAACAACGACACAAAACACGCCUUUGUAGCUUGUUAUGUAUGAUUUGCUGUGCAGGAUGUACAUGAUUUUGGCUUUGCAAUAUGUUGUCCGAUGACCCAACUCCCAGUCCCCUGUGCACAGUCCCUUGUACCAAUUAAUGCCACAAUUGUUUAUAUACUGAAGUGUUUUUUUUUGUUUUGUGUGUGUGUGUGUAUAUAUAUAUAUAUAUAUAUACAUAUAUAUAUAGGGGAUCCCGAACAUUAGAAUCAUUUUUAUAUUAUCAUACACUGACUAUAACUAACUGAAUGUGUUCAAAUCAAUAAAGCCAGACACUGUUUCACAUUUGGA